AUGUCAACCACUCGUCAUCCCCUGGUCAUCCCUUUCCUUCUCUCCCCCGACUCCUCAUCGUCCUCUUCCCUCCCCGCCCUCCCCGUUAACCCCACUCACCUUGUCUCUUGGUCCCAAAACACGUCUUCUGGUCCUUCUCAUCACUUGGCCUUAGCUAGUUCAGAUAACACCCUCUGGGUAGUCAAUCUUCUCUCCCCUCCCUCUUCUUCUCGGACCAUACGGCAUGACGAUCUACUCUCCCCUCCCUCUUCUUCUCGGACCAUAUAUGAUGACACCCCCUCACAGAAAAGACACAGGAACCGUCCAUCUCCACAAAGACAUGUAUCUUUCGGUCGACCGAGAGCCCCUUCUUCAGCUUCUUCGAUCCUCACCACCGGAUCGAAGAGACAUACAGCUUUCUCACCACCUUCCUCUGCUACCCAAUUACCUACCACAUGUGUUUCAACCACCACUGCUACAGCUCUUUCUCCUACAUCUUCUACUCCUAUCGCCGAAGAAGAUCAUGCUCACUUGGACUUGCUAGAUCAACUCCGGGAACAACGUCGCUCGGAAGAUGUAGACAGACAUGGUCUGGGUCUAGGUCUAGGAUUAGGACUUAUGAGUCGUAGAUUAUCAAUACAAGGAAAAGAAGAAGACGGUAAUACAUCACCUACAUCUGUCGUCUCAAAUGACGAGACUAUCGUGGGGAGAAUAAGAGCAUGGACAGGGACAGAUGAUAAGAGUAAAGUGGAUGAGAUAUCGGAUGAUAGGUUAAGUGAGGCUGCGGUAGAUCUUGAGAUGCAGAAAGAGAGGAUUGAAGGAGAAAGAGAAAGAGAUGGGAUGAAAGUGGUAGAAGAAGCACAGAAAAGUCCGUUAUUGAGACAAACAUCUCAUCUUGAUCAGUCAAUUGACGAGAAGAAGAGGCCAGUGAGGAGAAUAGUGUUAUCUCAACCUGGACGAGGGAAAAUCAUCGCUUUGAAGGUGUUUGAGGAGUUAGGUUUGUUGUGCGUUUUGAGAGAUGAAGGAUUAUUAGAUCUGAUCUCACUUCAAGACCUCAAGGAGAAGGUCACGGUGGAUUUGGAGGAACCCGAACCUUCAAAGACUUCGGAAACGCAUGGCAGGGGCAAAACUUUGAGGUUGUCUCCAUUCUGGCACUGGUGUGAUGUCCAUCUCGUCCGGUCAGAAAAUCAAAGCGUCAUCAUCGCCCACGGCAUCCCCUGGCCAUGCGCCUUACCUAGUCCGAACGGUGAAGUUACUCGAGUGGUCAUUCUGAGGUUUGGCCAUGACGUGCAGGUCGAAGCUCGUCUCGAACUUCCUGGUCAAGGAACAAUAGGGAUUUGUCAGAAUGACCAGACCAACUAUUUGAUACACGCCACGGCAACAAGUUUAACUUCUUAUCCUAUCAUCUUCCCCAAAAUUUCAGGUCCUUCGUCUCUUUCUCCAUCCUCUCUGUCCGGACACCCAAAUCAAAAUCUACAGGAUCCGGAUAUGACUCAACAGCAGAAUCGGCCCUCUCAAUUACGGGCAGUAUCAUCUGCUAACGUAUCACCCAAUAUCCAACCUCUGCAUGCACUUGAAGGGAACGAGCCUGCACCUAGGAGAAACAGAUCGUUGGUUUCUCUCCGCGAAGGAGAACAACAGAAAGAACGACGGUUCGCUAGGUUUUUAGCGGUGAAAAAGAUGGACUGGCCGAUCAAAUCAGGGGUGAAAGAACAGAAGGAAGAGCAAAGGUCGGUAGAACUGGGAGAAGGGUGUGAGGUGGAGAGAGAUGGGUAUGGACAUUGGAAGAAGUUGAUUUUACAUGUCAACGGAGAAGGUUUGGGGAUAUCAGAUGAUGUGGCUCAUGUGUGUUUCUCAGUCUCAUCUCCCCACUUCACUUUUCUCUCUGAUCUCUACUGUACUUUGUCUGUUCCGUGCGACAAGACAUUAGCUCAAUCAUACCUCACAACACAUCCGACGCUUUCAUCACCGAUAGUAAGCUUAGCUCCAAGCUUUGCUCUCGACUUCAAAAGCUUACAAUCAGGUAAAGGAAAUGUUCAAAAACACCCAUUCUCAUCUCUCCUUACCGAUACUUUACCCAUAGCCAACGACAGUCUAUCCAUGGACCGGCUAGACUCUCCAAUAACAUCUUCCGUGUUGGUCAGUGCUGUAGGGAAGUCAUAUAUGAUAGCAGGAGAUGAAGAUGGUGUGGUCCGGAUCUGGACCGCAGAUCCUUUUAAAUUAGAAGCGUCUUUUACGAUGUUUGCCUAUCCUGUCAAGACGAUAUUGAGGUUAAUGAUGCCCGAAGCUGGCAACUUGAGGGAUUGUGUUUUGUGCACUUCGGAUGUGGGUUCGGUGGGGGUGAUCUCAUUGAAAGAAAUGGAUCAAUUGUUCUUAAUUCCAGCUUCUCGAUCACCACUGAGAAAAGUUUUCAUAGGUGGCACGAUGGGACAAGAUAUGUUGUUGGCUUAUGCCAAUGGGAAAGCUAGGGUAUGGAAUGUGGAGACUAUGGAAUUUAGAAGAUCAACGGGGUUGGAUGCGGCUGAGGAUAUGUUACAAUCUGGUCAAUGGGCUGAAGUUGGGGAUUCGAAUAUGGACGCCAAUACUGGUGCUCUUCGAUCCGUCCUUAACUCCCAUGUGGGACCAAUUCUAGGGAGGUUGUUGGAGCUCGACUUACGGAGACUCGGGGAACAACUUCGUUCUUCCGGUGAUAGUCCUUUACCGGAAUUACGAUGGUUGUUAUCUCUCUUCUUGACCUUCGGUUUGGAGAAGGGGAUAGAUGAUAUCUGUCAUGAGAAUCUGGGGAUUUUGCCCCCGGGGAAAAGCGCGAUAUUCGGUCGACACGAUGACACUCAAAUACAACUUUCCUACACCACUGGACCUGCUUCAUGGUGCAUCUCACCUUAUGACACGGGAAUGAGACAAUUGGCCAUUGUAUCCCUGCUCCGACCGUUCCUCGAUUCUCCCGACCACGAAAAAGCCGCGGCGGACGUGAUCGCCUACUAUACCACUUGUCUUCCUGCGGAUAUUGAGGAUGCCCCUUUAGACUUCUUCGCUGGAUAUUAUAUGGACUCUGCGUCCAACGUACAACAAGCCGCACGGUUGCUCUUCGCCGCUCGAUUGAGUCGAAUGACGGAUACUGACCUGGAAACAUUGAUCCUGCAAUAUCAACCUGGUUUACCUAGUUUGCAACCGAAUGGAAAGCAGACAUCUGCUCAAGCGGCCUUGGCGCUGACAAUGAUUGGCGGUAUGGCUAUACAAAAGUAUCAAUCUAUGACGCCUUCAGCUCUCAAAGCAGUCGCCGACUCUGUCGUGCUGUAUCUGGACGAUCCCCACUGUAUACAUCUCGAAUUAGCAGUCGAACUCUGUUCCAAAGGUUUCCAAACAUGGCAAACUUAUGUGGACGCUAUGGACCUUUUACGUCGAUUAUUCCAUCUGGCAACACAUAAAGAAAAUCCCUCUUCUUCAAAUACAUCCAUCAUUGGUAAUUCUCAUAUUGCAGCUCAUGCUCGAUUGGCAGUACUUCACGUCGCUUCUAGUAACCCUGGAUUAUUCAUGAGUACUUUAUCGAUGGACAUUUUAGAUGCACGUUCAGCAGAAGGAAGAAAAUCGAUCAUGAAAUUAUGUGUUUUCAUGGCUAGAAAACAACCUGCUAUUUUGGAAAAUGGUUUACCUAGAAUAGCGGAAGCUGUUGUGAAAAGUUUAGAUCCUAAUACUGGUAAAAUGAGAGAAGACGUUUGGCAAGCUGCUACUGUUAUUUUGAAUGAACUUGUUCAAGCUUUCUCCACCAUAGACUUCCACUCCACCACACAACGUUUAGCAGUAGGAACACAUGAAGGAGCUGUGAUAAUGUACGACCUCAAAACAGCUUCACGUUUAUACAUUCUUGAACCUCAUAAAUCCCCAGUAUCAGCAAUCACUUUCAGUCCUGAUGGUAGAAGGUUGGUUACUGUCAGUUUAGAACAAGGUGAUUUAACAGUUUGGAAAGUUGGUAGUAGUUUGAGUGGUUUUUUCAACGUUGGUGGACCACCUAGACAAGGUGGUGAGAAAGGUGAACCUUUUAAAAGGAUUGUAUUCAUAAGAGCUGGUGAUGAACCUAUGAGUUCUACUAGCGGUUUGAGUGAUGUUCAGAUUUCUUGGCCUGGUAAUAGACAAGCUAGAGUUACGAUAAGGGAGACAGCUUUGACUUUUGAGACGUAA